AUGCUUUUCUCGAUUCUCAUCGCGUUGUGCUUGUGUCGUCAUGGAUUCGCCGAGUUCCAUUCGUCGAUUGUCGAAACUGUGAAUCAUCAAGAAGGUGACAAAAUCAUUUUAACCGCACACGGCAUGGGAAUCGACGAUGCAAAUCGAGUAGUCAUACCAGUUCACAAUGGCCGAAUUCCGCCGCUUCCGUGUGUCACUGCGAAUGCUGGAACCCAUGAGCACGGCUCAACAUUCACAAGGAAUAACUUCCAUUACUCGUGUAACAACGGAACUGCCGAAGUUGUUGCUUGCAUUGCUGAUGAUGGAUCGGUUAUUCAAUUGGGACGAACAUUCGUGAGAAGUGGAAUGAAGCAUUUCUGCAAUGUCGAUGGAGAUAAUGUGACAUACAAACAAGAAGCAAUGUGCUACGAGAACGGAGUUCAUUACAACAUUGGUGAUUCGUUCCGCAAUGGUUCGUUCAAAUUGGUGUGCAAAGAGCAAGGCAUUCAUGUCGAUGGUUGUUACAUGCAAAACAGUUUUGGGCAGGUUCUUCAAGCCGGCGAGAGUCGAAUCGAAAACGGAAAACGACACGAAUGCGAAAUUAUCGCGCCAGGAAAAGUGAGAUAUGUGGUUAAAAUGUUGGGCUGCACUCACGAGGGCCAACAGUACAGUACUGGACAGAUGUGGACCCAUCAACACAUUCGGUACCAAUGCAAAAACGAUGGCAACUUGUCAGUGUUGGGAUGUGUCGAUGACGGACUUUUUAUGGAAUUGGGACGCGAUUUGUUGAUGAACGGAAUCGCACAUAGAUGCUAUCAAGUCGGAUCAACUACAUUCUACCACAAAUUUGGAUGUGAUCGAAGCUCUUUAUCAGAAUGUGUAGCCGAAAUGAUGCACAGAAGAGCGAAAUAG